CGGGAGCGCGCGGUGGGCAGAGGUACAGUGCAAGCCGCGGGCCCAGAGCUGGAGGGACCAGUCCGUGCGCUGUAUGCGUUCAGCAGGCGGAGUCUCGCGCGCGGAGAACCUGCUAGAACCUAUUAAGAGUCUGUUUUUGUGAAGAAGCAUUAGGAAUCAAGACCCAUAUCCUCAUUAACUUGAUUUUGCUCACGUCAUCCUACUGCUUUGGAUGUAAGUUACCUCAUCUAUAAAACGGUGAUAAAAAUUCUUUACCUGUCUGAAGACAAGGUGGAGGACCAUGCUACUACAAUAUUGUUUCCUCUUGGUUUCAUGUCUUCUUACUGCUCUUGAAGCUGUGCCUAUAGACAUAGACAAGACAAAAGUGAAAAAUACUCAACCUGUGGACAGCGCCAAGGUGCAAUCGCCAGAAACUGGACUUUAUUAUGAUGAAUAUCUCAAGCAAGUGAUUGAUGUGCUGGAAACAGAUGAUCAUUUCAGAGAAAAACUCCAGAAAGCAGACAUAGAGGAAAUAAAGAGUGGGAGGUUAAGCAAAGAGCUUGAUUUAGUAAGUCACCAUGUGAGGACAAAACUUGAUGAACUAAAGAGACAAGAGGUGUCAAGGUUAAGAAUGCUGAUUAAAGCUAAAUUGGAUUCCCUUCAAGAUACAGGCAUAGACCAUCAAGCUCUUCUAAAACAAUUUGAUCACCUAAACCACAUGAAUCCUGACAAGUUUGAAUCUACAGAUUUAGAUAUGCUAAUAAAAGCGGCUACAAGUGAUCUGGAACACUAUGACAAAACUCGACAUGAAGAAUUUAAAAAAUAUGAAAUGAUGAAGGAACAUGAAAGGAGGGAGUAUUUGAAAACACUUAAUGAAGAAAAGAGAAAAGAAGAAGAAUUGAAAUUUGAAGAAAUGAAGAAAAAACAUGAAAAUCAUCCCAAAGUCAAUCAUCCAGGAAGCAAAGACCAACUGAAAGAGGUAUGGGAAGAGGCCGAUGGUUUGGAUCCUAAUGACUUUGACCCCAAGACAUUUUUCAAAUUACAUGAUGUCAAUAAUGAUGGCUUCCUGGAUGAACAAGAAUUAGAAGCCCUGUUUACUAAAGAGUUGGAAAAAGUAUAUGACCCCAAAAACGAAGAAGAUGAUAUGGUAGAAAUGGAGGAAGAAAGACUUAGAAUGAGGGAACAUGUAAUGAAUGAGGUUGAUGCUAACAAAGACCGACUGGUGACUCUGGAUGAGUUUAUGAGAGCAACAGAAAAAAAGGAAUUCUUAGAGCCAGAUAGCUGGGAGACAUUGGAUCAGCAGCAGUUAUUCACAGAGGAAGAGCUAAAAGAGUAUGAAAAUCUUAUCUCUUUACAAGAAAAUGAACUAAAGAAAAAGGCAGAUGAGCUUCAGAAACAGAAGGAAGAGCUACAACGUCAGCAUGACCAACUUGAAGCUCAGAAACUGGAAUAUCACCAGGUUGUACAGCAGAUGGAACAAAAAAAAUUACAACAAGAAACUCCUCCAGCAGGGCCAGGUGGAGAACUGAAAUUGAAGCCACAUAAUUAAAAUUCGAAGCCCAUCAGAACUUGGAAGAAAACUGUUACCAACAUCUGUUUCAUUUUUUUUACCUCCCUUCCUUUUUCUCUGAUCAAUAAAUACUUUAAAGCAUAUAUGGAAUAAAGGAAGAUACUUUUCAAAUGAGAACACAUUUUUUGGACACAGAUAUGUAAGGAUUGACGUCUACAAGAACCAGGAAGACAAACUCAAUAUUUGCUUCCAUUUUCACAUUUCCUCCCUUUUUUCUUUGUUCACCUUUAGUGAUUUAACUAAAUGGGCAUAUGCCAUAAUUUAAUGAAACUAUCAGUGAGAUGCUAUUUAAGUGAGACACCUUCAUGACUUUUAAAAUCAGUAACUUGCUCUCACUCAUAAAAGUAGAUUUUCUUUUAUGGUCACUUAUUAUCCCCUCUCUCUGUGAAAGUCUUUGAUAUUAAUAGUUCUCCUAAGAAGAUCAUAGUAUUCCCAGUGUUUUUGGUAAACUUUUCUUACUUUCUGCAGCCUUACUU